CAAAACUGUCAGAAGUCAGACAUGACCGUUAAAAUAAAGUGUCGUUAAGUCGUUAUAUUUGGUCCGUUUUCGUUAUUUUACAACAAAUACAUGUAUUAUUGCUGUUGGUUUUAAACUGUUUUUGUAGAAAUAAUUUAUUUUGAUUUUAUUUGAAAUGGACAUCAACGUUACAAUGGAUAUGAGUACGUCUUCGAUAUGUAAACUAAAGGAUUUAGACAUGGAAAUAAUAAAAGAUGUUCCUUGGGCACAAAGUAUGUGGAAUACACUGCAAAUGGAUUUACAAAAGUCUUUUUUGAACUGGGUGGAAGUUGUACUUGCCAUGAGUCAGAAUGAGGAAGAUGUCACUGGAUGGAAAGACACAUACAUUCGACAUUUUGAAGACAGAUGUUAUGAAAUGGUCACAGAUAUUAAAGAGCUCCACGAACAAGUCAUUGAAAACAUCGAGAAGUAUUUGAACAGAAUACAAGUUUUAUGUAAGAUGCUACAGAUUGAAAUGCCAGUAAUAGGAACACAAAAGUUGGGUCUGUACCAAGAACAAUUAAAAUUAAAGAGGCAAAUCAUGGACCUGGAACAGAUGGUUAAAGCAAGGCAAUCUACCUUAGAUCAGUUAAGAAACAAACAGUUGGAACUUAGCAAAGCUUUGGGAAAAGCACCGCUUCUUCUAAAUGAUAAUCAUCUACCCUCUCCACAAGAAAUCAUUGAGUUUCAAAAGCAUGUCGAAGAAUUAGAACAAGAGAAAUUUGAUAGAUUGGAGAAGUACACAACUCUAAAGGAAGAGUUGUUAGACAUGGUAAAAGAGCUGGAAUAUCAGCCAUCGACAAAUUUUGAAAAUGAAGUCAUCAAUGGAAGUGAACGGAAUUUUAUGGUAACUGAAGAGAAUAUUGAAAAACUUGAAACGUUUUAUGGCGACAUGAAGAAAGCUUUAAAAGAUACAAAAGAGGAAGUGUGCCAAUUAUGGAACAACAUUGAACAUUUGUGGACUCUACUAGAUAUUGACUUUAUGGAAAGAGAAGAAAUUCGUAAAAAAUACACGGGAUAUUCUCUAUCGACUCUGGAAUCAUUAAGGUUGGAAUGGCAGAAAUACGAAUUGUUAAAGAAGGCCAAUAUCAAGGUAUUUGUUGAAAAAUUACGCCAAGAACUCCAGUUACUAUGGGAGCGUUGUCAUUGUUCUGAAUCAGUUAAGAAGGAAUUUCUGUUCUUUAAUUCUGAGACUUACACCGAAGAUCUUCUAGAACUUCAUGAAGUGCAAUUGAAAAAAUGGCAAAUUUAUGCAGAAGAAAAUAAGGAAAUACUUGCUGCUCUACACAAACAUCGUACUCUUUGGGAGAAACUAAUAGAAUUGGAACGAAGUGCGGCUGGGCCAGACCGUUUCAAUAAUCGAGGAGGUAAAUUGUUGCUCGAAGAGAAGGAAAGAAACCUUUUGUCAAAGAAAAUUCCAAUACUUGAAACAAAUCUGAUGGAAUCGGGAUAUCGGUAUGAAGCUAGACAUGGGGUCCCGUUCCUCACUUUUGGAGAAACCAUUGAAGAGUAUAUCAAUAAUUUACAUUCGACCAGAGAAAGUUCUCGAAAGUUAAAAUUGAGUGCCAGAAAACAACAAAAAGAAACGACUACGCACACUCCGUUAUGCACUACAAACGUCAUGACUUCCAAAAGGGUACUAAUGGGAGCUUCUUGCACAGAUGCAAAGAAGUUUAGAGAAACCCCUAGAAAGGUGUACACAGAACCAAAAAGGAAACCACGCGCACUAAAUACACCAAGUAUUGCUGUUGGGACUCUAAGCAGAUCUAAGCGACUCUCUAUGGAACGGAGAAAGAGAAUAGAAAAAAUGAGGCGACUAAGCAGACAAAAGGAGAACCACCAAAUCAAUGCAACAUACACAGAAUUUGAGAAUAACUUUAACAGCAGAGUAGAGUGUCGCAGCACGUUGAAUGCAGCCGAAACCGACAACAACUUGUUGGCCGUCCCCGAAACUACCUCUAAUCUCAAAACUCCGACCAAAACUGUCCAAAAAAGUCUUUUUAAGACGCCAACCGGAACAGCGAGGUCGCCGAGGAGUACAGCCAAGUCUCCUAAUACAACUUCCAAACUGACAGCUGCAAAGAGCCAGUUGAAGCUGAUAUUUUAGAUUUUUUCUAAAGGAGAUUUCUUUUAGUUUAGGCGAGGAAAUAAAGCAUUACACCUCUAACUUCUUUAAAGUAAGACAGAUCAUUGUGAAACUUUGGAUUCGAUUUGGGGGAGCUUCAGGAAAAAAGUUGACCUAUUGGCAUCAGGGACAAUUUUCAUUUUCGUUUAAAUUUUCAUACUCGGGGGUUUUUGAGGUCGCUGAACAGGAAUAUCGUGUCAACGAAGCUGGUGCCCGGUAUCUACGUCUCCUGGAGUUUUAUGGAAAUAUAUAUAUUCGGUUUCAUAACGUGUUACGACGUUGUCCGACUCCCAAACGCCACUGUGUUCUGUCCUGAGUUAGGUCUUCAUUUAGAUUUCGAGCGCUAAUCGCUUUCCUAACUCCCAGAUUCCAGCUCUGUGGUGGUCUUCCUCGUUUUUUUCUUCUCUGGGGGUUGCCACAUCAUAGUUUUUUAGGCAAUUUUUCGUCCCCCAUUCGGCUCACAUGCCCAUACCAUAUGAGCUGUUUUCUUUCAAUAUCCUCAACUAUAGCGCCCUCUACACCCAUUUGUUGUUUUAUUACUUCAUUCCUUAUUCUUUCGGCUCUUGAUAUUCUCAUCGAUCUUCUGAUGGCAUCCAUUUCCGUGGCUUCGACCUUUUUCUUAUAUUUCUCGGUUAUUCUCCAUGUCUCGGCUCCAUAAAGUAGGCUAGUUUUAACCAUUGUCUCAUAUAUGUUCCAUUUUCUUUUCUUUGAUAUUUCUUUACUCCAUAGAACUCCGUUUAGACAUGCUAUAGCUCUUCGUGCUUGUAUGAUUGGAUGUUCUAUUUCUCGUUCGUCUUUUCCACUACGGUCGAAGAUGACGCCCAGGUAUUUAUAUUCGUCACAUGGAUUUAUUUUUUGAUUGUCUUCGACAUCGAGUUGUUCUGCUUCAGCGCCAAUUGAGAGGUAUUUUUUCUUUUCUAAAUUGAUAUUUAAUCCCCAUUUCUGGUAUUCUUCAAUUAGUUUUCUAAGCAUAUAUUCCAUGUCGUCUUUGUCAUUUCAGAUCACCAACUGAUCAUCUGCAAACUGUAAAGUGUAUAUGCAAUCCUGAUCGUUCAAUUGUAUACCCAUUCCUUUGACUUUCCUUUUCCAUUGUUUCAGAGCUGCAGAGAUAUAGAUCUUAAACAGAGUCGGAGAGAUACAACAUCCCUGUCUGAGACCCUUAGUAACUGCAAAUUUUUCAGCUAAGAGGUUUCCGGAAAGUUUUAUGGAAUUCCGUUAUUAAAAUAGUGAAAAAUUUAUUAUCUCGUGGGUUUUGAGGUCGCUGGAUACGAAUAUUGCAUCGAAAAUGCUGUACGAGACACAUGGUGACCGGUAUUUACGUCAUCUGCUGGAGUUUUUUGAAAAUUCGUUAUGAAAAUAGUUGAAAUUUAUUAUAUCGGGGUUUUUGAGGUCGCCGAACCCGAAUCAUCGACGAUGCUGUACAAGGUACUUUUUAAUUAUAUACAAUUAUAUGUUUAAAACUCUCAGUAACCUUAAAAACCACGGAUUAACAAGUUUCAACAAAUUUUCUUACAAAUUUCCAUAAAAUUCCCGGAGACAAUGUAGAUACAGUGCACCACCCUAAUAACACCAAACAUUCCAUGUAUGUCCAGGACAUUCCUGGAAUGUCCUCAAAAGCACAGGAAUGUCCCCUAAAUGUCCCAGGAAAGUCCUGUGUCAGCAUUUUAAACAUUCCUUGAAUGUCUUGUUGGAACAUUCCAUGAAUGUCUACGAAUGUUCUUUGGACAUUCACAGUAUAUUUUUUAGACAGUCCCUGGAUGUAGUCGCUGAUGUGUCAUAAUACCUCCGAUUUAUUUUUUCAUGAGUUUUGUAAGAGAGACUAAAGACUUUUUUUACAGUCACCUCCUGUUUUCAUAUGAUAUUUUUUGACAUGUUUUGUAGUAAAUUCAACUAUCUAUUUACUACAAAACAUGUCAAAAAUUUACAUGUGAAAACAGGAGAUAACCCUAAAAAUGGUUUUUCGUCUCCUACAAAAUUCAUGAAAAAGCAGAUAGGUGGUAUUGUCACACACCGACGAUAUACCAGAAGUAUGUGUGGCCAUACCAAAUAAUACAUCCUUGAUAAAUAUAAACAUUUUUAUUGCACAAAAUCUUGUCAUAUAUUUUUUUCCAUAAUCAUCACUACGAUGAUGAUUCAUUGUAUUGAAUUGUACAUUACAAUUACAAUCUGGUCAUAACUGACCAAUGAGCAAUUUUAAUUUAACCUAAAUUACUACUGUUUCUUAAAAUGAAGAGCUUACCCCAUAGCGUCUCUUAUCUAAUCUAGCAAGAUCGUGCACUAUUUUAACAUACACAGGCACACAAGCACUAUGCUCUGUUUUUCACUAUCACCUAUCACUCAAACUAGUUCAAAAGGCUUUGUUCUCUUCAAUCUUCUAGUUUGCCCAGUAGUAUUGAGGAGCUGGAUUUCCUCAAGUAAUUUUCCUUUCCUUUUCUCGUACUUUUGUUGUUGCUCGUAACUUCCUGCCAUCUUCUUGAUGAUUAUAUCCAGGUUCCAUUUCUAGGUCCUUAUGGAGAUCACUGUUUGUCACAUACCAAGGAGCAUCUACAAUAUUUCUCAGUAUUUUGUUCUGGAAUCUUUGUAUAACUUUUAUAUUACUUGGUCUAAUAAGUACACCCCAAUAUAUUGGACCUCCAAUAUAUGGAUGCCCACACUAUAGUGGGCGUCCAUACAGGUCUUAAUAUUUGUUUAUAAAGUAAUAACUUAUUAUACAUCGACAAUGUGGAGUUUCUUCCAACUAGCCAUUACACUUUUUACAUAUAUCUUUCUUUGCCUUUCAUAGCCACAAGGCUAUACGUUUCUUUCCUGGUUUUUUGUAGACCACUUUCAGCUGAUUUUAAAAAAAUUAAAAUGGAUGGUAAUUUUUCUAUUCGUUACAAUUAAACAUCAAAAGAAAUAGGUACUAUUUUACAGGUAAUAAUAUGCAUAAAUAAUUCAUUUCAUAAAGAAUAAAGAAAAUUUAAAACAGAUUUUAUAAUACUUACAUAAUUGUUUAAACAAAAGAGAUCCAGCCAGAGCAACACUAACAUACAGAACAGCAAAAAAGCCACUAUAUAAUUCUAAUUUCCAUUUUCCAUCCAAUCAUAAAUUUGUAGGUUAUCAUGAAAUGUGAUAAUAUGAUGACCACGCGGCACGCGACCCUACUUACAUAGAACACGCGCGGCAAAUUUGAAAAUGAACGCAAAUUGAAUAGUAAAUGGCCUCACUUAAAAUAUAGGACAUUGGUAGUAUGUUCAUAGAAUGUCUUGUGGUAACAUUCCACCAAUAAUUUAAUCAGAUGUUCACCGAAUGUUCCUUGAAUGUCCAGGACAUUCAAACAUUAAUAGAACUUUGAUAGUACAUUCCUGGAAUGUUUUAUGUUGUUAGGGCAGAUACCUGGCACAGUAUCGUCGAAGCAAUAUUUGUUUUCAGGGACCUCAAAACCUACGGGAUAAGAGGUUUUAAUGAUUUUCAUACGUCAUCUUCUGGAAUUUCCAUAAAACUCUAGGGGAUGACCUAUAUGCCGGGCACCAGGUACCUCUUACAGCUUCACCGACCCGAUAUUCGUGUUCAGCAACCUCAAAAACCCCGAGAUACUAAAAUUUCAACUAUGUAUUUUUAUAACGAAUUUUCUCCGAAUUUUAAUAAUCUCCAGGGGAUGACGUGCAUGCCGGGCACCAGGUAUCUCGUACAGCAUCGCCGCAGCAAUAUUUGUGUUCAGCGAUCUCAAAAACCUCGAGAUAACUAACAAGUUUCAAUCAUUUUCAUAAAUCAUUUCUAUACAGAACCGGCUAGUGUUCUAAUGUUCUACUAACUGUAACGAACCGGCUAUGCUUCUAGGUAUUACGAACAUUAAAGGUUCUAACGUCUUACAAAAAAAAAUAAGAAAAAGUCAUUUACCUUACGGCUACGACUUCCGAAGUCUCAGCAAGUACACGAACCGGUUGAAGUCCCCUGCGAUGAGACACCACCUGCAGCAUCCGUCACCUUUCUGUACGCCGGUUACAGCUGGCCCCUCACUUAUUGUUCUAAUUUUUCACUCUAGGUUAUUAGUGUUAAGGUUUUACGCACUAUCGACAACUUCGGAUAUUGUUAAUAUGCUAUUACGCGAACCCGUAUUUUUCUUCUUAACUAUAUUGAAAAAUUUGCACCCGAUCGCACUCUUUUCGCAGAGAAUUAACCCGUAACGAAAACCUGCCCCUCGAUCGUUCGUCGCUCACACACACGCGAAGAAAAAAAAUUUAAAUCGUCAUUCCUCAACGGCUGUCGCAUCACACACUGCCCCGAAAACCAAAAACGUUAAAAAUAAAUUCUUCGAAUCUGUUCCUAUCCUCUAUUAAAAGUUUUAACAUCGAAAAGUUUGUAGCUAGAGCUAUUUCAAAAAACGUCAGCUACUUAAGGACUAUUCGUAACUUGAAUAUAUUAGAUUUAAGCCACAAAUAUUGGUGUACUAAAAAAACCCUCGUAUACGUUGAAAGCUAUAGGAAAUUGACAAUGUGUGAACACCAAAUGUACAAAAAUAAAAUACCUCCAAUUUACACUAAACCUCCUGAAACUCUCUUUUCCAAGAUAAUACAAAACAAAUUACAUGGAUUCAAACCUUCCAGGCAGUAUUAUCAACAAAAUAAUUAAAGACAAGUGGCCUAUGUUUCAAUAUAUUUUUACUGACGGCUCCAAAAUUCAAAAUAGAACCGGAAGUGCAAUAUAUCACUGGAAUUCUGAAUACAAAGAAUCAUGCCGAUUGCCUAAUGAAGCUUCAAUAUAUACUGCCGAAUUAUCAGCUUUAUUACUUGCGCUAAAAUAUAUAGCCUCUGUUGGUAUGGACAAUUAUAUCAUUUUCACCGAUUGUAGAAGUAUUGUGGACAAACUCACUUCUAUCCAAUCGACACAAAGUCUAAACCACAUUGAGAUAGAAAUUAAGAGUCUAUAUUAUGAUGUUACUUCCUCGGGCAGUUCAAUUAUUAUUUGUUGGGUUAGAGGACAUUCUGGAAUAUUUGGAAAUGAAGAAGUCGACAAAUUAGCUAACUCUGCAGCUUUAACCAAACGAAACAUAAACAACAUACUUCUACCAGUAACCGAUAUAGAUAAUAUCAGUAAAAACCAUUGCAAACAAAAUUGGCAACGUGUAUAUAACCAAAGUACAACGGGAAUAAAUUUUAGAAAUUGCCAACCACUAAUUCCCAAUGAGAGAUGGUUGAAACAAGAAUCAAAUAGGCUAUUUAUAAAAACAGAAUGAGGUCAAAUCACGCACUAACCCCAGCAUACAAACACAGCAUAGGUAUCAGUGAUAACCCAUAUUGCGCCUGUGGUGGAAUGGGAGAUCUACAGCACCUCAUUGGAGUGUGGACAGUACAGACAAAAUAUUAAAGUGAUGUAUGAAAAGUUAAUUGAUCUAAAUUGUCCUUUACCUGUCAAUUUAAACGAAAUUCUUUUUCCAAAAAAUAAGCAGACGUUAAAAUGUCUUUACGAAUAUUUAACGUCCUGUAAAUUUAAAUUUUAAAUAGGCUUAGAUAAUAAAAUUAAAAAUUGUAAAAAUAUGACACAAAAUUGAAAAAUGUAUCCAUUAAUAUAUUAUAACACCCUGUAAAUUUAGAUAAUAAGUAGGCUUAGAUAUUAACUUAAAAUUGUUAUUGUAAUACCAUACAAAAAAAAACAAAUAGUCUGGCUAAUGGGCUAUGUCAAAGCCAUUAAUAAAAAAAAACAUCGAAAAGAAAAAUAAACUCAUUAAUCUUUAUCACUAUUCUCAAAAAUGUACCGAAGGUAUUCCGAAGCGGUUCACCCUUAUCGCGUGUCAUAAAAAUUUAAUAACCAGCCCCAGACGAAAACAUAUCGGAUUACGCGUACCGACAAAUAACAUAUUAACUUCGUUGACUGCCGUAAAACCAUAGACGUUACAAUUUCCAUAAAACUCCAAGAGACGACGUGAAUACCAAAAUACCGGGCACCAGGUACUUCUUACAAUUUCGCCGGCACGUUAUUCGUAUUCAGCGACCUCAAAAUCCUCCCGAGUAUGAAAAUGGAACUCAUUUCCAUGAUUAGUUUCCGAGUCGUGAAGUUUUAUUAUUUGAACACUUUGAGAUGCACUUUAGAAAAUGCAUUUUCCGCCUAUAACAAUGCAAUGUUUAUUUGUCCCUCAUGCCAAUAGGUCAACUUUUUUCCUGAAGCUCUCCCGAAUCGAAUACAAAAGGUUUCAUAACGAUCCGUCUUACUUGAAAAAAGUUAGAGGUUUAGUCUAUUUUAGUGUUUUAUAUCCUCGCCUAGUAGUGUAGUAGUUGUACAUAUAAUCAAAUAGUUUUAACUGUUAUAUUACACCAGGAAAGGAAGCCGAGAAAGCACUUUGAAAGUCUGAAAAUUACUGGCCUCUAUUUUUUGACUGGAAUAUAUGAGAGAAGUCAAUAGAAAAGGAGUACUACCUCGUGGGCAUCAAAAUUUUUACUGCGUCGUGGAUUUUGAUUAACGUUUGGAAAAAAGCGACUUUUAUCAUUGAGCAAUAUUUUUACUUUUUCUAUAUUUUUGUGGGUAGGUCUACCGAUUUUCCCCAAAUUUUAGUAUGUUGUUGUACUACAACAAAAAUGGCUCUCUGAAUUUUUUCAGAUUUGAGUCCAGGCGGCCAUUUUGUGAGCCCUAAAAAACAAAAAAUAGCCAUUUAACGCUUUUCUAAGAAUUUUUUUCUAGGAUCCCUCUUUUGAAAACGUCAUAUUUUAGCUAUUGAUGUCUAAUUUUAACUUGAAUUUUUUUAACUUUUGUCAAACGUCAACGUGCCAUUUUGGUAAAAAUUAAAGUAGACCCACUUUUUACCAAACAUGACUCUAUACAUCAAACAGCUAUAAAACAGCUUUUAAGUAACGAAGCUAUAUUUAACGAAUCGAAAGAUAUAGAAAACAUCUAAAAUUUUGUUUUAUAAAGUUUCUUUCGUGCUUCACAACUUUUCAAGCAACGGUUUCAAAAAGUGCCAUUUUUACAAAAUACGCGGUUUUUCGCAUUUUCAAAGAGGUGGAACUUUUUUCUGCCAACUUCGAAUUGCACAAAAAAUGUUUGGAAGGUAGUUUUUUACAUAUAUUAUAAGCUCCCAAAGGAAUUUCUUUGGCUAUUUGCUUUUAAAUCCUUCAUCUGAACCUGUAAAAAUCGAUUUAAUUCUGAAAACUGCGAAAAUACGCAUUUUCGAGGCUUGAAAUCUCAUAUGUAAGUUAUCAUUUUUAAGGUUAACAAGUACCUAAAUUGAAGAAUAAAUAUUCAGUUUUAAGAUUCUGGUUGAAAAUGGGGGCUUUUUUAAUACAACGUUGUUUUUUAAUUGUUAAUUAUAUUAAAUAUAUUUAUUAAAUAAUUAAAAAAUAAUAUUAAAUAAUUAAAAAACAACGGUCUAUAUUGAAAUAAGGCCAGAUUUCUCACCAGAAUCUUAAAACUGAAUAUUUGAACUUCAAUGUAGGCACUUAGCAACCUCAAAAAUUGUAAUUUACAUUAUGAAUUUUCAAGCCUACAAAAUGCGUAUUUUCGCAUUUUUCAGUUGUAGACAAAAACUUUAGACAAAAAUGAGAAGAGACCUUUUUUGUUUAGAAUGAUCCAAAAAAUCUAAAAAAAUAUUUUGCGGAGCCGAAAAAGGUAAUUAAUUUUUUCAUACAGGAACGGCCUCACAACAUAGACUAUACAUUCUUAAAUCUUAAAAUUGUCAUAACUUUGAUUUCAUAAACGCUAGUGACUUCUUUCAAAGCUUAAAUUAAAGGUGUUUUUUUCUACUUUCAUAAUUCAUAAUGUAUGAAAGGGUUAAAUUGCCCCUGUUUUAGCGAGGUGGGUCAACAGGUUAAGUUAUAUUAGCUCACGAAGGUAUCAAAAUUCUCGAUUUUUUAGAGGUUCAAAUGAAGCAUUUAGAAGCAAAUAGCCAAAGAAAUUCCUUUGGGAGCUUAUAAUAUAUGUAAAAAACUACCUUUAAAAAAUUUUUCGUGCAAUUCGAAGAUGGCAGAAAAAAGUUCCAUCUCUUUGAAAAUGCGAAAAACCGCAUUUUUUGUAAAAAGGGCACUUUUCAAACGACCGUAGCUUGAAAAGUUGUGAAGCACGAAAAAACUUUAUAAAAAAAAUUGUAGAUAUUUUUUAGAUAUUUCGAUUCGUUACUAUGCUUUUUCUCAUGAGGAUCUUUCAGUGCGUCACAGUUUUUCGAUUUCUUUCUAACGCAUUAAAUUGUAUCUAACAGCAAAAAAACGCACGUCGGUGAUUAUAUUUCGUCGGUGACAUUUAUAACAUUUAUUUUAGUUUUCAAUAGAUGGCGCUAUGAUCGAAAAUAAAAUAAUUUGCGAAUUAUAUAAUAUAUCUACGAAUAUAAUCUGAACAAUAUAAGACUAUACAAAUCAAAGAAAAUACCAUUUUAUAAAUGCAAUAACACAAUGGAUUUGUUUUUAUGCCAAAUUGCAGAUAAAUGUGACAACUGUCAGAUUUAACUAAAAUGUCAUGUCACUAAAAUGUAUAUUAUCACGGACUUUCCUUUUUUUCUAUCAUUUGUGACGCACUGAAAAAGCUGCGUUACUUAAAAGCUGUUUUAUAGCUGUUUGAAUAUGGUCAUUUUUGGUAAAAAGUGGAUCUACUUUAAUUUUUGCCAAAAUGGCGCCUUGACGUUUGACAAAAGUUAGAAAAAUUCAAGUUAAAAUUAGACAUCAAUAGCUAAAAUAUGACGUUUUUAAAAUCAUUUUCAGUGAAGAGAGACCCUAGAAAAAAAUGUUUAAAAAAGCGUUAAAAAUGGCUAUUUUUUUGUUUUUUAGGGCUCACAAAAUGGCCGCCUGAGCUCAAAAAAAUCUGAAAAAAAUCAGAGAGCCAUUUUUGUUGUAGUACAGCAACAUACUAAAAUUUGGGGAAAAUCGGUAGACCUCCCCACAAAAAAUAGAAAAAGUAAAAAAUUUUUAUAGAGAAACCAUGACGCAGUAACAAUUUCGAUAUUGUCCUUUUCAUGAGCAUUUUUCAGUGCGUAACAAAUGAUAGGAAAAAGAGUAAGUCCAUGAUAAUACACAUUUAUGACAUUUAUUCUAACAUGACAUUUUAGUUAAAUCUGACAGUUGUCACAUUUUAUUUUCAAUUUGGAAUAAAAACAAAUCAAUUGUUCUAUUGCAUUUAUAAAAUGGUAUUUUCUUUGAUUUGUAUAGUCUUAUAAAUUAUACAGAUUAUAUUUGUAAUAUUAUUAUCUAAUUAAAAAAAUAUUUUUUUUAUUAUGGCGCCAUCAAUUGACAACUAGAAUAACUAGAAUAAAUGUUGUAAAUGUCUGUAAUCACGGACGUGCCUUUUUUUUCUGUCAAAUACAAUUUAAUGCGUUAGAAAGAAAUCGAAAAACUAUGACGCACUGAAAGAUGAUCAUGAGAAAAAGAAUACCCACAAGAUGGUACACCUUUUCUAUUGACUUCCCCAGAUAUUCCAGUUAACAAAUAGUAGCCAGUAUUUUUAAAAUUUUUAAAUGUUUAGUUUCCUGGGGCAUAAUAUGUCUUGGUGAUUGUUUAUUCGUACUUCUCGUUUAUUUUAUAACUUUAACACGUGGAUCUUAACUGUUUUUUUUUUAGAUUGCAAAAGUGGCAAUAACUAACCCCUUAACUGUGUUUUCUUUGCAUCUCAAAAUAAACCACUUUAUACAAAUCUAUAAAGCAGUUGCCUUGAUAUCAGCAUUAAUAUUUUUUAAACUUAUGACACAUUUUUGACUUAAGGCUGAUUUAUGUUAGAACGGGACGUGUACGACACGGACCGUGGAACAACCGGGCUCCGCACGGGGAAUUGAUGACGGGUAGCUUCCAGCUUCUGCACGUGUUUUUUUAAAUAAGUUAUGUGCGAGUGUCGUUAAGUAGGUUUAAAGAAUGAAUUUUGUAAACAUGUAAUUGCUAGCUAUAGCUGUAUACCUUGUAGCGUCAAUGAAAACAAAGUGAACAUGAAUGGAAAAUAAAAUUUGACACGAUGUUGAUAUGUCAUAUAAGGAUGUGACAUGCACACACACACAUGCUCGUAUCAACCCCAGCCCCGGGGAACAUGUGUGUUCCAAUGGAAAAGUGGAACCCACAUGUCCGAAGAUCAAACCGGUCACACCCCGUAAUGGAGUGGUACCUAUCUGACCCCCAAGCUAUACCUCCACCCCUCCCCAUCGAAGGACAUACCGAAUGGGGAGGCGUUGAUCUUAAUGUUACUUUGGAUGCCCUGGGUAAUGGGACACCCUUUGUAUUACUUCAUGUGGUUAAGCCACCUGGUUUUAGGGGUAGCUAGAAGAGCUUUUCUCCCUAUUAAUGACUAAGUUAAUUUUUUACUUUACUUUGGACUUGAGUCCUAAAAAAAUGUGUUCCGGACAUCAAGGCACCAAUCUAAAUCGGUGUCUUGCUGUCCAGACCGUGUGUGCUCGGUCACUCAGCCGGCGAAUUGGCAAAAUAAAUUUUGUUCUCCUCGACGACUGAGCGCCCGAAAGGUGUGGCCAUCAAGCCCACGUCUGUCGGUACGUGACCUUGAUGCUCACAUUCCGCGGCUAUGGUCCAUUUGACCUACCUGAAGGGUACUUAGUGCCUGAAGGGCGACAUUUGUGUUUCGAUAUUCUGUGGUUAUCUCAAUUUUUCAUUAAGGGUUUCCUCUAUAUCCAGCUAACUGCUGUCUAGGCCGUCUAUGUACCGUUCUUUGGUUUUCGUCGUAGUUAGUCAAUUCUCUUAAUAACCUGCUAGGAUGGUGUCUGAUAUUGUUAAAUAUUUCAUGUGCUCUUUCGUCUAUCAUUCUCAGGACUUUCUUUUGUUGCGUAUGUCCAAAUACAUAUCUUAAUGGGACAUAUGUAGGUAUAUUCAGAGCUUCCCUGAUCAUGUGGUUUUGGAUGGUUUGUAUUUUUUUCUUAUUGGUUUUACACGUGUGCCCCCAUGCGGCUGAGGCGUAUGUUAGAGUUGGCAAAAUUAUACAAUUUGCCAUCCUAAUCUUUGUCUUAAAUCUCAGUUUACUCUUUCGACCUAUUAGCGAUGACAGUUGACUCCUAAGGGCUUUAGCUUUGUUGACCGUUUGUUUUACGUGUUCUGUAAAGGUCAGCCUUUUGUCCAACAUUACGCCUAGGUAUUUGGCUUGAUUUGACCAUUCAAUUUGGGUAUCAAAUAGGGAUAGUUCCUCAUUUGGUCUGCCUCUUCUUUUUUGGUACAUAACGGCCUGUGUUUUGUCAGGAUUGACAGCUAUUUUCCACUGCACACACCAUUCUUGUAGUUCGUCAAGAGCUCUUUGUAGAUGUCUUGUUGCAAAAUCUGGGUGGGUACUGCUAAAAGCUAUCGCUGUAUCAUCUGCGUAUAGACUUAGCAACGAUCUGGGUUCAGUUGGGGUGUCUGCCGUAUAUAUGGUAUAUAGAUAUGGCGACAACACUGCCCCCUGUGGCACACCAGCCUCCAUGGUCCCAACUUCGGACAGGGUUGGCCCUAUCCGAACUCUGAACCUCCUGUUGGCUAGGUAUGACGAGAGAAGACACGUCAUCGCUUCACUAUAACCAUAUUGGUUCAUUUUAUACAGCAGGCCGUCGUGCCAUACCCUGUCAAAUGCUUUACUGACGUCUAGAAAGGCGGCCGCUGUAUAUUUCUUUUCGUUGAACCCUUUCGUGAUAUAUUCUGUUAACCUCAGCACUUGAAGUUCACACGAGUGCUCGGAUGGUUUAAAGAAUGAAUUUUGUAAACAUGUAAUUGCUAGCUAUAGCUGUAUACCUUGUAGCGUCAAUGAAAACAAAGUGAACAUGAAUGGAAAAUAAAAUUUGACACGAUGUUGAUAUGUCAUAUAAGGAUGUGACAUGCACACACACACAUGCUCGUAUCAACCCCAGCCCCGGGGAACAUGUGUGUUCCAAUGGAAAAGUGGAACCCACAUGUCCGAAGAUCAAACCGGUCACACCCCGUAAUGGAGUGGUACCUAUCUGACCCCCAAGCUAUACCUCCACCCCUCCCCAUCGAAGGACAUACCGAAUGGGGAGGCGUUGAUCUUAAUGUUACUUUGGAUGCCCUGGGUAAUGGGACACCCUUUGUAUUACUUCAUGUGGUUAAGCCACCUGGUUUUAGGGGUAGCUAGAAGAGCUUUUCUCCCUAUUAAUGACUAAGUUAAUUUUUUACUUUACUUUGGACUUGAGUCCUAAAAAAAUGUGUUCCGGACAUCAAGGCACCAAUCUAAAUCGGUGUCUUGCUGUCCAGACCGUGUGUGCUCGGUCACUCAGCCGGCGAAUUGGCAAAAUAAAUUUUGUUCUCCUCGACGACUGAGCGCCCGAAAGGUGUGGCCAUCAAGCCCACGUCUGUCGGUACGUGACCUUGAUGCUCACAUUCCGCGGCUAUGGUCCAUUUGACCUACCUGAAGGGUACUUAGUGCCUGAAGGGCGACAUUUGUGUUUCGAUAUUCUGUGGUUAUCUCAAUUUUUCAUUAAGGGUUUCCUCUAUAUCCAGCUAACUGCUGUCUAGGCCGUCUAUGUACCGUUCUUUGGUUUUCGUCGUAGUUAGUCAAUUCUCUUAAUAACCUGCUAGGAUGGUGUCUGAUAUUGUUAAAUAUUUCAUGUGCUCUUUCGUCUAUCAUUCUCAGGACUUUCUUUUGUUGCGUAUGUCCAAAUACAUAUCUUAAUGGGACAUAUGUAGGUAUAUUCAGAGCUUCCCUGAUCAUGUGGUUUUGGAUGGUUUGUAUUUUUUUCUUAUUGGUUUUACACGUGUGCCCCCAUGCGGCUGAGGCGUAUGUUAGAGUUGGCAAAAUUAUACAAUUUGCCAUCCUAAUCUUUGUCUUAAAUCUCAGUUUACUCUUUCGACCUAUUAGCGAUGACAGUUGACUCCUAAGGGCUUUAGCUUUGUUGACCGUUUGUUUUACGUGUUCUGUAAAGGUCAGCCUUUUGUCCAACAUUACGCCUAGGUAUUUGGCUUGAUUUGACCAUUCAAUUUGGGUAUCAAAUAGGGAUAGUUCCUCAUUUGGUCUGCCUCUUCUUUUUUGGUACAUAACGGCCUGUGUUUUGUCAGGAUUGACAGCUAUUUUCCACUGCACACACCAUUCUUGUAGUUCGUCAAGAGCUCUUUGUAGAUGUCUUGUUGCAAAAUCUGGGUGGGUACUGCUAAAAGCUAUCGCUGUAUCAUCUGCGUAUAGACUUAGCAACGAUCUGGGUUCAGUUGGGGUGUCUGCCGUAUAUAUGGUAUAUAGAUAUGGCGACAACACUGCCCCCUGUGGCACACCAGCCUCCAUGGUCCCAACUUCGGACAGGGUUGGCCCUAUCCGAACUCUGAACCUCCUGUUGGCUAGGUAUGACGAGAGAAGACACGUCAUCGCUUCACUAUAACCAUAUUGGUUCAUUUUAUACAGCAGGCCGUCGUGCCAUACCCUGUCAAAUGCUUUACUGACGUCUAGAAAGGCGGCCGCUGUAUAUUUCUUUUCGUUGAACCCUUUCGUGAUAUAUUCUGUUAACCUCAGCACUUGAAGUUCACACGAGUGCUCGGAUGGUUUAAAGAAUGAAUUUUGUAAACAUGUAAUUGCUAGCUAUAGCUGUAUACCUUGUAGCGUCAAUGAAAACAAAGUGAACAUGAAUGGAAAAUAAAAUUUGACACGAUGUUGAUAUGUCAUAUAAGGAUGUGACAUGCACACACACACAUGCUCGUAUCAACCCCAGCCCCGGGGAACAUGUGUGUUCCAAUGGAAAAGUGGAACCCACAUGUCCGAAGAUCAAACCGGUCACACCCCGUAAUGGAGUGGUACCUAUCUGACCCCCAAGCUAUACCUCCACCCCUCCCCAUCGAAGGACAUACCGAAUGGGGAGGCGUUGAUCUUAAUGUUACUUUGGAUGCCCUGGGUAAUGGGACACCCUUUGUAUUACUUCAUGUGGUUAAGCCACCUGGUUUUAGGGGUAGCUAGAAGAGCUUUUCUCCCUAUUAAUGACUAAGUUAAUUUUUUACCUUACUUUGGACUUGAGUCCUAAAAAAAUGUGUUCCGGACAUCAAGGCACCAAUCUAAAUCGGUGUCUUGCUGUCCAGACCGUGUGUGCUCGGUCACUCAGCCGGCGAAUUGGCAAAAUAAAUUUUGUUCUCCUCGACGACUGAGCGCCCGAAAGGUGUGGCCAUCAAGCCCACGUCUGUCGGUACGUGACCUUGAUGCUCACAUUCCGCGGCUAUGGUCCAUUUGACCUACCUGAAGGGUACUUAGUGCCUGAAGGGCGACAUUUGUGUUUCGAUAUUCUGUGGUUAUCUCAAUUUUUCAUUAAGGGUUUCCUCUAUAUCCAGCUAACUGCUGUCUAGGCCGUCUAUGUACCGUUCUUUGGUUUUCGUCGUAGUUAGUCAAUUCUCUUAAUAACCUGCUAGGAUGGUGUCUGAUAUUGUUAAAUAUUUCAUGUGCUCUUUCGUCUAUCAUUCUCAGGACUUUCUUUUGUUGCGUAUGUCCAAAUACAUAUCUUAAUGGGACAUAUGUAGGUAUAUUCAGAGCUUCCCUGAUCAUGUGGUUUUGGAUGGUUUGUAUUUUUUUCUUAUUGGUUUUACACGUGUGCCCCCAUGCGGCUGAGGCGUAUGUUAGAGUUGGCAAAAUUAUACAAUUUGCCAUCCUAAUCUUUGUCUUAAAUCUCAGUUUACUCUUUCGACCUAUUAGCGAUGACAGUUGACUCCUAAGGGCUUUAGCUUUGUUGACCGUUUGUUUUACGUGUUCUGUAAAGGUCAGCCUUUUGUCCAACAUUACGCCUAGGUAUUUGGCUUGAUUUGACCAUUCAAUUUGGGUAUCAAAUAGGGAUAGUUCCUCAUUUGGUCUGCCUCUUCUUUUUUGGUACAUAACGGCCUGUGUUUUGUCAGGAUUGACAGCUAUUUUCCACUGCACACACCAUUCUUGUAGUUCGUCAAGAGCUCUUUGUAGAUGUCUUGUUGCAAAAUCUGGGUGGGUACUGCUAAAAGCUAUCGCUGUAUCAUCUGCGUAUAGACUUAGCAACGAUCUGGGUUCAGUUGGGGUGUCUGCCGUAUAUAUGGUAUAUAGAUAUGGCGACAACACUGCCCCCUGUGGCACACCAGCCUCCAUGGUCCCAACUUCGGACAGGGUUGGCCCUAUCCGAACUCUGAACCUCCUGUUGGCUAGGUAUGACGAGAGAAGACACGUCAUCGCUUCACUAUAACCAUAUUGGUUCAUUUUAUACAGCAGGCCGUCGUGCCAUACCCUGUCAAAUGCUUUACUGACGUCUAGAAAGGCGGCCGCUGUAUAUUUCUUUUCGUUGAACCCUUUCGUGAUAUAUUCUGUUAACCUCAGCACUUGAAGUUCACACGAGUGCUCGGAUGGUUUAAAGAAUGAAUUUUGUAAACAUGUAAUUGCUAGCUAUAGCUGUAUACCUUGUAGCGUCAAUGAAAACAAAGUGAACAUGAAUGGAAAAUAAAAUUUGACACGAUGUUGAUAUGUCAUAUAAGGAUGUGACAUGCUAACACAAUUUGGAGAACAAGUCCUCGGUUGCUCAGAAUCGGAAGAGAUGUGGGGUGGAUCUUUAAGGGAUGUUAUUAAUAUACUCUUAUUAGCUUAGAAAUAAAAAUAAUAGGAAAAUCAAAGUAAGAAUGUCAAAUAAAAAGAAAUAAAAUAUUGGGCGCCACUGGUUACCUUCUGGGAACCAAAAAUAGAAACUUAAAAGAACAGAUAGCUAAUUCAAAAAAAUUAAACGAAAACAUAGUCGAUAUACAAUAUAUAAAAUACUUAUGGUGUGAAAGCAAAUAUAGCGUGACUUACCUUAUCUAUGUCUUUACUCAGCUACAUCUUUGUUGUACUUACGAUACAAGAGAGAAGGAAAAGAGAAAUAAUAUAUAUAUAACACCGGUUUAUAGCGUCCUGCGCCUUCCGGUUCCUAUUCUCCAGCCGCGUCGAUCUGUCCAAUCUCCUGGUCGGAGAACUCUCUCAGACAUGGCUCUCUGGAUUCCACUUAUCCAGGUUGUUUUCGGUCUGCCCCUUUUCCUUCUUUCCGGGGGUUGCCAUUCCAUUAUUAGCUUUGGGAGUCGAUGUUCCUCCAUUCUUUGUACAUGGCCAUACCAACAAAGUUGUUUUUGUUGGACUUCUUCAAUUAUGUUUGUUUUUCUAUUCAUAACAUCUCGUACCCGUUCAUUCGUUAUAUGUGAGACUCUGGAGAUGCAGGCCGAUCUUCGCCAGAAGUCCAUUUCCAGUGCAAGCAACUUCUGUUCUGUUCGCUUAUUCAGUUGCCAGGUUUCACAUCCAUACAGUACCACGCUUUUAAAGAUGCUAUUAUAAAGCUGUGUUUUCUUUUCUUUUGAUAUGGUUUUUGACCAAAGUAGGGAGUUCAAAGCUCCUAUUACCUUCUUUCCUUUCAUAAUUCUUUCCUCUAUUUCGAAUUCUGUCCUUCCACUUUGUUGGAUUUUCGUUCCAAGGUAUACAUAAUCAGAGCUUGGCUCGAUAACCAUAUCAUCCUCUAGAUGUAACUCACUUUUCUGUCCUCCUAUACACAUAUAUUUGGUUUUCUUCAUAUUAACGUAUAGGCCCCAUUUUUUGUAUUCUCGAAACAGCCGGUUUGUCAUAAAUAUUAGAUCAUCUUUAUCCUGGGCAAUCACCACCUGAUCGUCAGCAAAAUGCAGUGUGUAUAAUGUUGAGUCGUCGUUUAGCUGUAUCCCCAUUCCAGGACACGAUUUGCGCCACUUAUGCAAGACCUCAUUUAUAUAGAUUUUAAACAGUGUUGGCGAUAAGCUGCAUCCCUGUCGUAGAUAAGUUUAAAAAGAGAAAUAAUAAAGUUGUAUUUUGCAAAUGAAACAUUAUUUAUUGAAACAAAGAGAAAUUAAAUCUGUGAUCUCUUACGAUGUUACAAAUAGAGAUAAUUUUUAUCGAAAAGAAAAUGAAAAAUUUUAACAUAGAAAAAAUAAUACCUUGUUUAUUGGUCCUGAAUCUUUUUGCUUGGUUUUAAGUCCAAGGCACAAUUAUUCACUUCACCAAAUGUCACUUUACAAAUGAAUUGAUACAAUAACAGUACAGGUUAACUCCCAUAGUUCAUAGAAAAAUUUUAUAGAAAAAUUCAGCAUUAGAUUUAUUUCUCAAAACAAAUUGGCACUACUCGAACAAAAACAUAAAAAAAAUAAAAUAAAGUAAGUUAUCAAUCGAAUUAGAACAGAAAACGGCAAUAAAUAUCGUUCCCAUACCACCAGAUUGACAACAGGUGGAAUACUUUCUUUGGUUACACCUCCUGAGAUUUUCAAAAUUUAUAAAUCAUACAGGGUGCCGAGGAAAUUAAGAUGAGAGAAUUUUAAAUAAUUCACAGCUCAUCUGCUCAUCGUGGUAAAAGCUCCAACAAGAAAAAUUCCUUAAUACUCAAACAAAAGAGUAAAUGAAUUAAAAAUGUCUAAACAUUCUCAAUUUCUUUGCAACACGAAAAUGCAGCAGCUGCAUAAUACUAUGGUCAAAUCUGAGAGUGCAGGAAGAGUCUAUACCGGUUUCGGGGGUUGUUUCCCCCUCAUCAGUAGUCCCAUAUUCUCUUCUCUCAGAUUCUUCCACGUACCACACUUUAGGCCUUUUCGAAUUGCAAAGAAAGAAAUGUCACGGAUGAACUAGGGCCAUCUACCGAAAAACAAAGUAAGUUAUCAAUCUGGUGGUAUGGAGACGAUAUUUAUAGUCGUUUUCUGUACUACUUCGAUUGAUAACUUACUUUGUUUUUCGGUAGAUGGCCCUAGUUCAUCCGUGACAUUUCUUUCUUUGCAAUUCGGAAAGGCCUAAUGUGUGGUACGUGGAAGAAUCUGAGAGAAGAGGAUAUGGGACUACUAAUGAGGGGAAAACAACCCCCGAAACCGGUAUAGACUCUUCCUGCACUCUCAGAUUUGACCAUAGUAUUAUGCAGCUGCUGUAUUUUCGUAUUGCAAAGAAAUUGAGAAUGUUUAUACAUUUUUAAUUCAUUUACUCUUUUGUUUGAGUAUUAAGGAAUCUUUCUUGUUGGAGCUUUUACCACUCUGAGCAGAUGAGUUGUGAAUUAUUUAAAAUUCUCUUAUCUUAAUUUCCUCGGCACCCUGUAUGAUUUAUAAAUUUUAAAAAUCUCAGGAGGUGUAACCAAAGAAAGUAUUCCACCUGUUGUCAAUCUGGUGGUAUGGAAUCGAUAUUUAUUGUCGUUUUCUGUACUACUUCGAUUGAUAACUUACUUUGUUUUUCGGUAGAUGGCCCUAGUUCAUCCGUGACAUUUCUUUCUUUGCAAUUCGGAAAGGCCUAAAGUGUGGUACGUGGAAGAAUCUGAGAGAAGAGGAUAUAGGACUACUGAUGAGGGGAAACAACCCCCGAAACCGGUAUAGACUCUUCCUGCACUCUCAGAUUUGACCAUGGUAUUAUGCAGCUGCUGCAUUUUCGUGUUGCAAAGAAAUUGAGAAUGUUUAUACAUUUUUAUAAAAAAAAUUGUUUUCUAGUUUAUUAAACGGGAUCAAAAAAUACGCGGUGGCUUGCGGCUUGUUUAGACCAUACUGGAACAAACACUUUAACUCCAACACAAAGACUUCUGCAAUAAAAUUGCACAAUAACUUCACUUAAAAAACUUAAACUAAAAUUUCAACUCAACUCUUCAGAAACCGCUAUAAGCGGUCUCUGCCCGAGGCUACAACUACAACUUUAGUUCUUGACGGCUCCUACGUAACUCUUUCUCGAUCUCCCCAAACUCCAAUCUUCCUAAACCAAACGCAGAAAUUUAGACUCCUAUUCCAGCAAUCAUCAGAUAGUUUAUCCAAUAAAAAGAACCCAAUGUUCCUAAGAACAUCCCAUAAACAGUUGUAAAUCUUCUUCUUAACCAAUAAGAAAAUACUCAUUAUCAGUAAGCAGUUUCUCUUGGUGCUCAUCAAAAAUGUCAAGUCAGCUCUAUCAACGAUUGUCGACUCAAAACUACUUGAAAAACCUUAUCGCUAUUAUAAAAUUUAUUAUGUAAACAUUCGGCUCUAGUGGACAGAAUUCAGUCUCAAAAAAACAUUAAAUUCUUUUGAUAACUCGCCGAAGAUAAACAAAUGCUCUACUUCUGGGCAAACGGAAAAUAUACCAAUGUGGGAACGAGGAUUACGCAAUACCAUACGUAUGUGAGAAACUUAUCCCACUUCAGAUAUAAAUCAUGAGACAAUUCGCGGCUUCAGAAUACGAAGCUAUUAGACAGAAUGCUUAUACCGGGGUCGUAAUAUAAAUACGGUCUUAACACAAAAAAAAUUAAGGGGUGAUGCGAUGAUGUCAGUGAUUCGAAAUUACUAGCGGCCUUCGCACCGUUACAACCUUUGGUAGAGGAUGAAAGAAGGAAAAAGGGAUGGGCAGUCCACCCAGCAUGGAUAUCAUAAAUAGGUGGGUACUUCCUCACACAGUCAAUUAAAUGUUGUCAUCCAUUGUAGAAUGUAAGUUCUUCUUUAGCAGCCUGUUCUGGCCAGUCCUGAACAUAGGCCUGCCCUUAUGUUUUCCAUAUUCGCCUGUCUUAUGGUAUCUGGUGUCAGUUUCUUCCUGUCUUUUCUUUAGUGUCGUCGAUCUAUUUUUUGCGGUUUCCUCUGCCUUGUUUAUCUGCUCUUGGUCGCCAUUGUAUUAUUCUCUUUGCCCACCUCUUCACUUUCCCUUGCCAUAUAUCCUGCCCAUUUCCAUUUAAAUUUUGCGAUAGCUUAGGUAACGUCUUUUAUUUUGGUUCUUUUCCUUAAAUCUUCGUUUCUCAUAUAAUCUCCUAAGCUUACAUUUCUUGUAAAUCUCUCAAAAACUCUUCGAGUUGUUGAGUCUAUUGAGAGAUUGGUUAGUAAGUGUCAUGGUCUUCUUCUUCUUCUUUUAGUUUCAUGGCCUCCAGCUCUUAGGUACUUGACCAGUCCUCGUAUUUAGACUGUAAUUGGAAGGGAAUCCUCUUUUCAAAGGGUCUGGAUUUUUCCAUAUUCCCUUUAAAUUCAUUGUAAUAUGAUUUUCAAAUAACUAUUUUAUAUUUUAAUUUGAAAUAUUGUUAAAAAUUGAUUGAUCUUUCUUAAGGUUUGGUCAUUAAUAUUAUGUAGAGAUUUUGUAUUGAAAUGGUUCCUGAUACAAGUCAAAUUGAUUUGUUUUGUUAAUUGGGCAUUCAAGUAACAUAUGAGUUAUACUUCCUAUUUGUCCACAUUCACAAAAAGGAGUAUCACUACAAUUGAUUUUAAACAAAUGGUCUGGUGUGUGGCAAUGGCCCGUUCGCAUUCUAAUAAUUGAUGUCAAGUGCCUUCGAUCCACAAAUGUAAAUUUGUGGAACCAAGGGUUUACAGAAAAAUCACUUUGGCAUUGUUGAUACCACUUCCCUUUAGUUUUAAACUGUUUUGUCCAUUCAACUUUAAACUCAUUUACAAUAUUUUGUUUAAUAAAAGGCAAAAAGUAAAAUUUAUCUAUUUUAAUGUCUGCAGGAACAUUUGAAGUCUUGCCUAUAUUUGCCAAUUUAUGAGCCUCUGUAUUCCCCUUUACUCCAGUAUGGCCUGGAAUCCAAGCUAAGUUUAUAUUAAAUCCUGCUUCCAUUGACUCAAUAAUGAGUCUUUUAGUUAGGUUUACAAUAUGGUUGUUUGUCCCCCAGGCGGUGUUAUGUAAUUUUUGGAUAGCACUUUUAGCAUCUGAAAAAAUUAUUGCUUCUUUAAUAUUUUUUUCAAUACAAACAGAUAAUGCCUUGUUAAUUGCAAUAAUUUCUGCAGUGCAUAUUUGAGUGUGCUCAUGUAAUCUGGAUACAUAGUUAUAAUUGAUUGAAGGUAUGUGUACCCCAAAACCUACUGUCCUCGACCCGGGAUCUAAAGAACCAUCUGUAAAUACCCAUGUAUAAUUUCCAUAUGAAGCUGAAAAUUCAUUAAGUAAUUCCUGAUGAGUAUAGGUUUCCAUUUUUUUGUGGGUUUAAGUGUCAUGGUCUUCAUUCCAUAAUGGACAUGACAGGAAAGAUACAUGUGUCAAAAACCUUUCGCUUUAAAUUAACUGGGAUUUUCAUAGUUUUUUACUUUUCUAGAUUUUUUUAUAUUUUAGAAUGUAACUAUAUAUUAUAUAAACACACCAACAAGUAGGACUGGUCAAACACAAUUACAAUACAAUAGUUCCCCGUGAAUAGCACGUCGCGACCGCUGACAAGUAGUUCAUAUUAGUACGGAGUACGGGACGGGUACGAGAAAAUAAUCAUCACCCACGAGGCGAGCACGGCCGGUAGAUGGCGCCCGUCCCCGUUGUCGCCUCGUCACGUACGGUAAACUAACCAGUAUCUUUCGUAUCACACGAUUUCGUAUCACAACGUGUUCCGACGUGUCAACGUGUCCCGAAAGACAGUCGUUUCGUAUAUGGCCCGUUCUAACAUAAAUCAGCCUUUAUACAAAUGACAUAAAGGACUUGCUUUGAUAUCGGUAUCGAAUUUUUUAACCUUCGAGACAUUAGCGUAACUAUUUUUCGAAAUUGGCAAAGAUGGAAAUCAUCAAAUAUUAAUUCUGUUUUCCCGUGUUAUCAAUGAUACGGCUUCUCAUUGAUAACAAAGGAAACAGCUCUCUACAGAUUGCACUCUGGGCUUUUAUAGUCCCCCUAGCUCAUUUUGGCUAAAAAUGCUUUAAGCAUUGAAGCAAAUGAAACUUAUGAAGUUUUCUUACGUGGUAAAAGGGUUUUAGGUUUAUUCUAAUGUAUUUUUUUAAAUUUUUUUGCAAAUAAUGACGUACUUACGUUACAACUUUUAGUGAUGGUGAAAUAUGUUAUCCAGUAUUUCACAGUUUGAUUUACAGUAUUUUAUGUUGUUAUUUUUAUACGCGUUUAUUAACCUCUUUUGUACAUAUGUUUCAUAGUUUUAUAUAAUAAAAUUUUAAUAAACAA